AUGAAAGCCAGCAUACCAUUGAAAAUGGUCGAGAAAACAUACAAUGAUGCAAUUAAUGCUCUAAAUUCAUUACAGAGUAACUAUGCCAACAUUAUGGCUAUUAGAGAGUCCGGUAUUCGAAAAAACGAUAUGGCCAUUUUAGAAAUGAAGGAGUGGAGCAGAAGAAUUGGAUAUUCCAUUUCUGAUUUGAACAAACUGAACAUGGUACAUAUAACAGGAACGAAGGGUAAAGGUUCUACCGCAGCUUUUGCGUCAUCAAUUUUGAAUCAAUACAAACGGCAAUUACCGAAAAUUGGACUAUAUACUUCUCCUCACUUAAGAAAUGUAAGAGAAAGAAUCAGAAUUAAUGGAGAACCAAUUUCUGAGGAUAAAUUCACAGCGUAUUUUUUCGAUGUCUGGAACAGAUUGGAUAAUUCCAGUUCCAACUUGGACCAAUUUCCGCACAUGACACCAGGUAGUAAGCCUGGUUAUUUCAAAUUUUUAACACUGCUUUCCUUUCAUACAUUUUUACAAGAAGCGUGCAAUGCUUGUGUAUAUGAGGUCGGAAUAGGUGGGGAAUAUGACAGCACUAACAUAGUAGAGAAACCAUUGACUUGUGGUGUGUCACUGUUAGGUAUUGACCAUACCUAUAUGCUUGGAAAUACUAUUGAGGAAAUUGCAUGGAAUAAAGCGGGAAUAUUUAAGCAUGAUGUAAGCGCUUUUACUGUAUCAAAUCAACCCAAGGAGGGCCAUAAAGUUCUGGUUGAGCGAGCUAGGGAAAAAAAUACUACACUAAUUGACGUUCCUGUCUUCAACCAGCUCAAAGUAAUAAAUCUAGGUAUAGCUGGCAAAUUCCAGACGCAAAAUGCCUCAUUAGCUGUGGCACUCGCAUCUGAUGCGUUGCAUAAGCUAAGAGUUAAAAAACCUAUGAUUGCUGCCGACAAGGUGGAUAGUGUUAUUCCUACUGAAUUUCUAGAAGGAUUAGCCAGCACUAGGUGGGAAGGUAGAUGUCAAACUAUAAUUAGAGGUAAAAACCACUGGUACAUAGAUGGCGCACACACAAAGGACAGCAUUGAGGCAGCAAGUGGUUGGUUUAAAGACGUAACAUCUUCUUCCGAUAGAAGGAAAAUAAUACUGUUCAAUCAGCAGACGAGGGAUGCCAACUCAUUAGUUCAGCAUCUAUUAUCUGUGUUAACACCAUCUAUUAAGUUCACCAACGCCAUAUUUACUACAAAUGUGACAUGGAAGUCGGGCACAUAUAGUAGUGAUUUGGUUUCUAUGAACACUUCCAAGGAAGAUGUUGAUAACCUGAAGAUCCAAGAAGCGUUGGCAAUGUUUUGGGUAGGGCUAGAUCCUGAGUCGUCGACGCAUGUGGUCCAAAACAUCGAAACAGCUGUAGACCUAAUAGACAAUUUAACUUCAGAGCCACUGGACAUUUUUGUCACAGGUUCAUUGCAUUUAGUAGGCGGAUUACUGGUCAUUUUUGAUAAAAUUUGUAAAUAA